ACGUAUAUACUCUUAUUCUCAGCGCGAAAGUCGGCGCGUGCGUAGGCACUCCGCGUCGACAUAGCUUACCUACGCGCGCGAACGCGAGACCUUGCUUGGUGAACCGAGUACUCAGCCAAGGAUUCCGGCUGACCGCCGAGACGGCGACCAUGGGCAGCGAGAAGGGGGAUAAGCCCAAAGCCAAGGCCAAAGCCAGGCCUAGGAUCGUCAGGCCUCUCGGGUACCUGGAGCGCUACGAGUUGGCCAUGCUGACGCUGGGAUACUACCGCAACAGCAUAUUGACUUGCCGAUACCUCAUCCCCGCCGCGCUGCUGCCCCUGUCGCCGGCCCCCUCCUCCACGUCCGAGCCGGGAUCGAAGACCGCCGGGCCCGCUGAACCCGACACCCUCUCCCCGAUCCGCCUUGCCUUUGAGCGCGCCCUCGCCCGCGUCGUCCUCGCCCAUCCCUUCUUGCGCGUCGGCCUGCGCGGCGAGGACCGCCGCAAGCCUGACUGGGUCGCGCUCGAGACCGUCGACUUCCGGCGGCACGUCGAGUGGCGGCUGCCGACGGCUACCACCACCACCGCAACCGCCGCCGACGGGAAGGUGGCCGCGGUAGAUGCGGAGGUCUGGCCUGACGCCGAGGUGUGGGCGACCGUGCGCGAGCAUCUCGACGUGCGGUGCGACGGUGGCGAGGAUGCUCCGUCGUGGAAGGUGACCGUGUUCGUGACCAGGGGGGCACAGGAGGGGGAACAGGGCGUGGGCGGGCGCCUCGACGUCUUGUUCGAGUGGGGGCACGCGCACACGGAUGGGAUAAGCGCGAAGAUCUUGCAUGAGGAUCUGCUACGGCACCUUAACGAGCACAUUAACGACAGCGGCGCCGCGGGCCGCCUCCCCGAGUUCGCCGACCGCGUGCUCACGGUGCCUCCCUCGGCACCGACCCUCCUCCCUUCGCUUCACACGCUAUGCCGGUUUCCGGUGUCGGCCGGGUACGCGCUGGCGACGCUGUGGCGUGAGCUGCGGCCGACGCCUCUCACAUCGUAUGUCGCGACGCAGGCGCGGUGGUCGCCGAUCCGCUUGCAGCCCUACGCCACUGAGUACCGGCAGUUUGCGCUAGACGCUGCUCCCCUGGCCGCCGUCCUGCGCCGGUGUCGCGCCCACCAGACGACGCUGACGGGCCUGCUGCAGACCCUGAUCGCGGUCGCGUUCGCUCGCCGGAUCCCGGCCGCCGACGCGCCCGCGCUCUCCGGCGGCACGAUACUAAACUUGCGGCCCAUCAUGGCCAAGGACGAGGGAGCGAGGAAGGUGCUGCGGGAGCUGAGAGAGAAGGGCGAGGUUGACGGGGAGGUCGAUCUGGCACGGGCGAUGGCGAACUAUGUGACGUCGUUGCAUCACGAGUUCGGCGCCGAGCUCGUCGCGGCGAUUAGAGCACAUGCUACCUCCGCGGGCGCCGACACAGCCAAUGAGCCUAAGGAGCACAACGGAGGCGAGAACGGGGGCGCGAGCUCGACGGCCGCGAUAAUUGCGCUCGAGAAGCUCGUCUGGCAGACGGCGGAGCGCGUGCGCACCGAGAUCCAGGGGAAGCUGGACCAGGGCUUCCGGAACGACCUGCUGGGGUUGGUGUGGGCAGUGUCAGACUACCGGACGCUAUUCACGGACAUAGCAAAGAAGCCACGAAGCUCCUCGUUCGCCAUCACGAACUUGGGUGUCAUCGACGGCAGUCCCGCCGGGCCGGCUGCUUCGGCUGAGGGGGAGGGAGGGGGGAAUUGGCGUAUCGACCGCGCCGUCUUCUCCAUAAGUCCCCAGUCCACCGGUUCCGUAUUUACGCUGUGUCCGGUCGCGGUCAAGGGCGGGCAGCUGUGGGUGUCGUGCAACUGGCAGGCCUGCGCCAUGGACAAGGCCCUCGGGGACGCGGUGAUGGCAGACAUCGAGACGUGGCUGCGGCACUUUGGAAGGGAGGCAGAAGAACGGGAAGAAGCGGCCUAACCCGAGAGGAGCCACCGAACAUUCCAUGGUUAAGCGGCUCACGGAC